UCGGAAAAUUAUGAGUGAAGGAUAUACAAGAAAAUCUGCAUCGAGAUAGAAACCUGUAUCGUAGUUCGAGUAUGCUAGUGAACAAUUAGGCGAGAAACUAUCCGGAGACGAGCUAGGGAAUGGAAUAUAACCGGGAACCGUGUCCCUGGAGGAUUAUCGACGACUGCGGAGGCGCUUUCACUAUGGGUGCCAUUUGUGGAUCACUCUUUCAGAGCUUCAUCGGAUUCCGGAACGCGCCUUCGGGAAUCAAUAAAAGGCUGCUCGGCGGUCUGUCGGCGGUGAAGAACCGUGUGCCCCAAGUGGCCGGCAAUUUCGCGCUCUGGGGUGGCCUGUUCUCCGCGAUCGAGUGCACCCUGAUCCGCUGCAGAUCGAAGGACGAUCCUUGGAACUCGAUCCUGAGCGGCGCUCUGACCGGAGGCGUCCUCGCCGCGAGGACCGGCAUCCCGUCGAUGAUAGGAAGCGCGACCGUCGGCGGCGUGUUCCUGGCGUUGGUCGAAGGGUUCGGGAUCAUGGCGACGAGGCUUCACGCCGACUCCUUCGCCCAGCACAUACAGAUGUACGACGCAGAGAAUCUUCCCGAGUUCCAGGGUCUGUCCUCUAGGGCCAGAAUCGGCUUCAACGGAACGCCGGUAAACGCGGACCUACCCCCGAGGCAAAUGAACGGCGCGAACUCUGUCGACGUGGACAGAAUCGGCAAGGGCAGAUGAUGCCGAUCCAUGGAAAUCCCGGUGAAUUUUUGUC